UACAUUAUGUUGCUUCUUUUUAUAUAACCAAAAGCCCAAUUAGUGGCAGACAUUGUAAAUUAGCUUAUGAUAAUUAAUUAAUACUGUACAUGACAGGAAAUUAAAUAAAAUCUUGGAUGGAUAGCUUUGAAUCACGAGUUUUACACUGAAUGUUUUCAGCGUUUCUGUUAUUCUGUGUUCUCCCGGUAAUCCAUUCUUUCUUACUAUCUUCAUUUCAUCCUCUCAGGAUGGACCCAGACUUUCGAACGGUGUUCCUGUUUCAGGAGGAUUCGUAUCAUGACUUCAUAAAGGAGUUUAACGAGCGUCAGCCGAGGAUGUCGGACUUCCUGAAGGAGCUGGAGGCGGAUGCUGUUCAGCUGGACAGCAUGAACAAAGGAGCGAAGAUCUCCAGCGUGGUGGGCAGCUCAGUGGGAGCAGUGGGAGGCGUGCUCUCCAUCGUUGGCUUGGCGUUGAUUCCAGUCACAGCUGGAGCGUCUCUAGCCCUCACCAUGACUGGAAUCGGGAUGGGAGUAACCAGCGGAGUCAACAGCAUCGUCACCACCGCCACGGAGAUAGGCGAUAACCGUACGCACCAAAAGAACGCCAACAAAGUCUUGCAGAGCUUCAUGGAGGACGUGAUGAAACUGCAGGAUUGCCUGGAAGAGGUUAUGCAACAAGCGGUUGCCAAAAUGGAGACAAGCGGGCUAGGUGUAGCUCUGGGGGUCGGCAAAAUUGUUUGUAAAGUUGGAACAGUUGGGAGAAGCAUAGAUGCAAUUGUUGAUCUAGCCUCCGCUGCUAAACUACUAAAAAGUGAAGAGGUCGUCUCCAGUGCUGGUAAAGUGGUGGCUCAGGAAUCAGGAGCGCUGCGUAGCAUUCCCAGGUUGGCCUCCGACGUCCCAGAUGUCGGUCAGGCGGCCGUCAAAGGAUCUCUUGCUGCCUCCCAAACGGCCAGGGCCGGUCUGAUCGCGGUCAACGCGCUCUUCCUCGGCAUGGACAUCUUCUUCAUCUGCAAGGACAGCAUCAGUCUGGCCAAAGGCAGCGAGUCAGAGGUGUCGCAGUUCAUCAGAGCCAGAGCUGCGCUGUGGAGCUCCCAGAUGGAUUCAUGGAAGAAGAUCCACGACUCACUGGACGAUGGCCUGCCGACAUCGGGGAAGAAGGAAGCUGUGCUGGAAACGCCUUUCUAUCCCGAGGUUGAGACGGAGAAACAGAAAUGAGAGCAAAAGUUUGCUUUGAAGGAGUGGAUGAAAAACACUGGUACCACCUGGCUAACUUAAGAUAAUUACAAACACGAUCAAAUUAAAGUGAUUAUUGUGUCACUUUUAAAAGAAUGAUGAAAGAUUAAAAUUGAACUCUACAAUCAGUAAAAUGUACCUUCAACCAUUUCAAGCUGGUCGUAAAUCUACUGAUCUAAUUGACUAUUUCUAUUCUUUUUUGCAAGAGGAUUAUUGUUUACAUUUUUAGCCCAUUUCAAAAAAAUCGAUGUUCAUUUUGUUCUACACGUUUGACCUGAUAAUAAAUUAAAAACAUAAACAGCAUAACUAUAAUUCAUCUCUUAGAAAAAAAUCCUGCAGCAUCAAAUAAUUAAAGGGUUUCAGAAGCACUUUUGUAUGUUUUUAAACUUAAAUGGCACUAAUGCAGAUGGGCUGCAUGGUGGUAGCACAGCUGCUCUGCAGCAAGAUGGUCCUGGGUCCAAACCCUGGUACCACGUUCUCCCAGUAAAAGUGUGGGUUCUCUCUGGGUACUCCAGUUUCCUCCCUGUAGAUGGUUGUUUGUUCUGUGUCUGUGUGGCUCUGUGAUGGACUGGCCACUUCUCUAGGUUUUAAUUCACCUCUCCCAGGUACAUACGAUGGAUGGAUGUUAAUGCAAAGAAACACUUUAUUUUUAUGAGAUCUGCACCUAGUUGUCAUCACUGUCGUGUUGAGAGAUAUUAAACAUGUACUGCUUGUCCUGUA